GCUGUGAGGAAUGAGGCGACUGUGAGAGCAGACAUGGAUGAACAAGAACCUGAGCUCUGAGCUCUCAGUUUGGCCACUUGGCCGGACUAGAAAUGAAUUAUUCUACCUCUCAGAUGUUUGGAAGAAGGCGCUUGGCACAACCCUAGAUAAACCAAAGACAAAGCUGAGGAUCCCUGCAAGAAAAGUGUUGAGCCUGGCUUUCAGGAGAACCCAGGGACAAGGAGGAAGACUAAAAAAGCUGCUUUUUGUGUAUUUAUAUUGUUGUACUUUGCUUGACUAGGAUGGUCACACUUAAGAUGGGACAGAAAAGACUUGGGCUCUCUGCAAAUCUUGGGAUCAGCUCUGUGUAAGCAGCAAGACAGCAGCAGGGAAGAAGACAGAGGUCCCGGGACAGCAGGAGGAAAGGGGGGUCAGCAAGCAGAGAAAGAGACUGCUGUGUGACUGCCUGUCCCUGCAAUGCCCUGGCUGAGUGGUGGCAGGAGGAGAAGGCAACAGCAGUCACAGCAGCAGCAUCACCAUCAACAGCAGCAAUGUCCAUCUCAGUGCCCACUGCCUGGCAUGAGGGAAAGUUCAGAGCUGCCUUUACCAGCUGGCUGGGAGGAGGCAAGGGACUAUGAUGGCAGGGUAUUUUAUAUCGAUCACAACACCAGACAGACCUCAUGGAUAGACCCAAGAGACAGGAUAACAAAGCCUUUAACAUUUGCAGACUGUGUUGGAAAUGAAUUGCCUUUAGGAUGGGAAAUGGUUUACGAUCAGCAAAUUGGUGUUUAUUAUAUGGACCAUAUAAACCAAAUCACACAAAUUGAGGACCCUCGAGAGCAAUGGAGGCGAGAACAAGAGCGGAUGCUGAAGGAAUAUUUGGUUGUAGCCCAGGAGGCUCUUAAUGCCAAAAAGGAGAUUUAUCAAAUCAAGCAGCAGCGGUUCGAGUUGGCUCAGGAAGAAUACCAACAACUCCAUGAACUUUGUGAAGAUGACAAUCGUUCCCAUGCCAGCUCUUUUUCAGGAUUUUCUACAAACACAAAAUAUGAUCCACAUCAAAUCAAGGCUGAAAUAGCAAGUCGCCGAGACAGGCUUUCUAGGUUAAAGCGAGAGCUGACACUGAUGAAGCAAGAACUACAGUUCAAAGAGAAAGGCGUGGAGACACUGCAAGAGAUUGAUCGCAAGAUGUCAAGCGCUCAUACAAACUAUAAGCUAGAUGAGGCGCAAGCAAUAAUGAAUGAACUCCGAACAAUACGGCAGGCAAUUUGUAUGGGAGAAAAGGAACGCCGCGAUCUCAUGCAGAGUCUGGCUAAGCUGACCGAUGGAUUCAGAAAUAGCUGCUGCAUCUCCGACUCCUUGCACAACAUUCAUCACAAUUCAAGCUCACUCAAUGAAUCGUGUUUACCUCAGCAAUACUGUGAUGCCUGCUCGCAAACAGAUGACAUCGGAGAGUUUGGCUUUGAUGAUAAAUCAAAACUGGUGGACAGAGUAAGACUGAAUUGGCAGUAUGAGGAAGCCAAGAAAAGAGUUUCCAGCAUACAACACCAAUUGGCUCUGUUAGAUAAUGAUACCUGGCCCGGAAUGGCUGAAGCUGACAGGGAUCAUCUCCAGCUUAUCAAGGAGAAGGAAGCCUUACUUCAAGAUCUGCAGCUGAUCAGCCAACAAAGGAGAUCUCCUGAAGAACUUGCCAGACUAGAAGAGGAGAAAAGACGACUGGCCGAUGAGAUACAGAGGGCCUGCUCCUCUACUGCCCAAGGAGUUACUGAAAGGUUACUGCUACAAGAGAAAAGAAACUGCCUAUUAAAACAUCUAGAAGAGGCUACUCGUCUGACAUCUUACCUUCAUACUCAACUUAAAAGCUUGUCUGCCAGCAACCUCACCAUGUCUUCUGGUAGCAGUCGUGGUUCAUUGGCUUCAAGUCGGGGAUCUCUAGCAUCCAGUCGAGGUUCACUCAGCUCCAUAAGCUUUACAGAUAUAUAUGGCCUUCCACAUUAUGAGAAGCCUGAAUCUCACUCGGAGUUUUCUCAGCAUAUGCGCAUUGAAAUGUUUCCAUUAGAUGCUGUUUGCAGAGACAGUCAAUACUCUGAAACAACCGGCCUCUUCAGUAAGCAGAAGAUGUCAAUGGACACCCCUCAGUCUUUAGCCUCUUUGUCCUCACGCUCUUCAUUGUCUUCAUUGUCACCUCCAAGCUCCCCGUUGGACACUCCCUUUCUCUCUGCAUCCCGUGACUCUCCACUGGCCCAAAUGUCAGAGGGUUUAGAAGAAAUAAUGGGGGCUCUGGAAAUCAUAAGAAGACAUGGUCCCUCUCUAGCUGAUGAAGACACACAGGGGACAUCUUCUCAUUUUCUAAGUGGUCAUAUGGAAAGUAGAAGUCUCAGAGAAGGGGGAGCACAAUUUUCAAGCAUUCAGAUGAGACCAGAAAUUGGAAUUCCUGAAAACUGUGGGAUAAGUCUGGAGAAAGCCAAAGGAGUCUCUGCUGGAUUAUCGGAUGACUCUCUUGCAAGUGACAGUGGUGUUUUUGAAGCUUUAUGUAAAAGGAAUGAGAAUGUGGAGGAUUCUGGAUGUAAAGACUCAGAGAAAAGAGAAGAACCUCAAGUGCAUGUUGGAGUAGUGUAUAAUUGUGGAAGCGAAUGUCUUUUCGUACAUGUUUUACAGCUAAAACAUUUUAAUGGACUCCCUAUCAAACAAGGAUGCAAAAUCCAUAUUCGAGUUUAUCUGCCGUCUCUCGAUUCUAUCACACCAAGCACAUACUGCUCCAAAGCUCUGGACUUCCACAUGCCUCUCAUGUUUAAUGAAAUUUUCCAGAUUCCAAUGCAAUCCAGUGUUUUGAAGUUGAGCUCCUUACAGUUAUACAUAUGUUCUGUGUGCCCUGAACAACAGGAAGAACUGCUGGGGAUUGCUCAGAUCAGCUUGGCUGGCUAUGAAGGAGCAAAGGAGAUGCAUAUCCAGUGGUAUCCUGUCCAGAUCUACAGCAGUGCUGUGCCACAGAGGGUUAAUGAUGGUGCUUGCAUUGGUGGCUGCACCAAGACAUCUGAAAUCACAAAUCCAGCAAAAACAGAUGCUGUAUCAGUUCUCUUGGCUCGGACAACAGCUCAGCUAAAAGCAGUGGAGCGUGAACUGGAAGAGGAGAGGGUGAAGCUGGAAUAUACAGAAGAAGAGAUCCUUGAGAUGGAGCGGAAAGAGGACCAAGUGGAGGCAACCUCAGAGAGGAGCUGGCAAGCAGACUCUGUAGACAGCGGUUGUCACAGUAACAGUACACCAUUGAGUCCUCAUUAUUCAGAGACGAUAUAUGGCGAUGCCGUGCAUGGGCCUAUGUGUACGGGGCAGGCAACCUUGUAUGAUUCACAGAAGAAUGACAGUGGGCCUUUGAAGAUAGAUAAAGAGACCAACACAGAAGAUAUCUUUCCAGAAGAUGUUAGUAUUCUGAAAAAGGAGAGAUCCUGCCGCAGGUCUCGCGGGUCUCCCUUUGUCCGUAGCAGCACAAUUGUCCGCUCUCAGACCUUUUCCCCGGGAGCACGGAAUCAGUAUGUUUGCAGACUAUAUCGAAGUGACAGCGAUAGUUCAACAUUGCCAAGAAAAUCACCUUUCAUCCGAAAUACACUGGAAAGGCGAACACUACGCUAUAAACAGCAAGCCUGCCAGUCUUCCAUGGCAGAGAUCAUGGCAAGGACGUCUCUUGACCUGGAGCUGGAUCUCCAGGCUUCCAGAACAAAGCAGAGACAAUUAAAUGAGGAAAUAAAUGCUCUUAAAGAGCUCAAGCAACGUCUGGAAGAAGUUCAGCAUCGAGGCCAGAGUGAGCUUCCUCAAUGGGUUCUGCGUGAUGACCGAUUCCGCAGUUUGCUUUUGGAGGCUGAAAGACAAACAAGACAGACCAAACUUGAGCAGCACCAAGAACAAGCAGCGGAGAAUAUGCUUAAGAAGGCUUCUAAAGAAGUACUGCAGCUGCGUGGUCGAAACCAGAAGGAACCUUUACAGGUGCAGACCUUCAGGGAGAAGAUCGCAUUCUUCACAAGACCAAGAAUUAACAUACCUCCUCUUCCAGCUGAUGACGUAUGAUGUGUUUUCCAGCACAAAAAGAAUCAACUCUUUUUGUUCGUAUCUCCAUGAACUUAUUAAACUAGUGAAGUUUAAUAUUAUGUUUUCAAAGCUAUUCAAUAUUUUGUAAAAAAUAAAAAAAUAAAAACAGAAGCAUAUAUGCAUAUAUAAAUAUCUAUAAUUAUAUAUUUUAUAAUAUGACCGCAGCGAGGCUUGGUUUUUCCUUGCUGUAACACUGACAUUCUUGAAGGCAACCUAUUUUAUAGAUCAACUACUCUGUUCAGAAGAAAUGUGUACAGUUUUGAUGCUGUUUUAUGUGACUUUAGUAAAAGGCUGGAGAUCAGAAAUAAAGCAAGUUCAGGCAAUUCUCUGUAUUGUAAUUUAUUUAUAGGUCCUUAUUUUCCUUGAGGGAAAAUACCUAAUUUUAAGAUGUUUAGACUGAAUUUUAUGUUUCCAAGUGUCAUACAGCUGAAUUGAAUAGGUGAACUCGCUUUCUUUCUGGUACCUGAAAUGAAAAUACUAUUUGCAAACUAUCACCUUUAGUAGCUUUUUUGUUACUUUAUUUUUCUUUUUACGUCUUUUUCUUUCAUAAUGUAUCUCUUAUUCUUUUACACCAUCUCUGUUCUGUAUUGAAAUAUUAUCACUGCGAGGGUUUUAAUACUGAUUAAAGAUGGCAUUG